AUGUCUAACUCACUCGACCAGUUGAAGAGCACCGGCACGGUCGUCGUCUGCGACUCUGCUAUCGGAAAGUACAAGCCGCAAGAUGCUACCACAAACCCCUCUCUCAUCCUCGCCGCGUCUAAGAAGGCCGAAUACGCCAAAUUGAUCGACGCUGCUGUAGAGUACGCCAAGGGAAAGGGUGGUGAUAUCGACAGCCAAGUCGAUGCUGCUCUUGACCGACUCCUGGUUGAGUUCGGCAAAGAAAUCCUGAAGAUCAUCCCCGGCAAGGUCUCGACCGAGGUCGACGCCCGCUUCUCCUUCGACACCAAGGCUUCGGUUGAGAAAGCCUUACACAUUAUCGAGCUAUACAAGGAGCAAGGUAUCCCCAAGGACCGCAUUCUGAUCAAGGUUGCGUCGACAUGGGAGGGUAUCAAAGCUGCCGAGAUCCUACAGCGCGACCACGGCAUUAACUGCAACCUGACCCUCAUGUUCUCGCUCGUCCAGGCUAUUGCCGCUGCUGAGGCUGGCGCUUUCCUAAUUUCCCCCUUCGUCGGCCGCAUCCUUGACUGGUACAAGGCCGCGACGAAGAAGGAGUACACCAAGGAGGAGGACCCCGGUGUCAAGUCCGUCCAGGCUAUCUACAACUACUACAAGAAGUUCGGCUACAAGACUAUUGUUAUGGGUGCAUCUUUCCGAAACACUGGCGAGAUCACUGAGCUUGCUGGCUGUGAUUACUUGACCAUCUCUCCUAACCUGCUCGAAGAGCUCCUGAACUCGUCCGCUGCCGUCCCCAAGAAGCUCGACGCCUCUGGCGCCGCGGCACUCGACAUCACUAAGAAGACCUACAUCAACGAUGAAUCGCUCUUCCGAUUCGACUUCAACGAGGAGCAAAUGGCUGUCGAGAAGCUACGUGAGGGUAUUAGCAAGUUCGCCGCCGACGCCGACACCCUCAAGGACAUCAUCAAGAACAAGAUCUCGGCGUAAACCACGACGCCUACAAGCAAAAAAAAGGGGCACAGGACAAUUGUGCACUGAGAAAUGGGUUGUUUAGGAGUUUCUAGAAUGCAUAAUGAAUUUGGCCUCUUUUGCUUCCGGGGUAAUAACAAGUUCAGUUGUAAGGGAUCUGCUUGGCGAAUAUAAGACCGGCAGGUUUCUACUAUGAUGUCCAUAGUCGAAAACCAAAAUUUAAAGGGUUUAACCAAUGCUUUUAUUAUUAUUAUUCAAUCUUCGAUGUCGUAUGGAAUACCACGCAAAAUGUGACGAGUCGAAAUAUCUCUUUAUUAGGUACUGUAUUGGUAUCGGAUAACCUGCCUUAGGUAGUAGGAUAUAUGAAAAUUGGUAUUACUGGUACACAAACGCAGAAACGCCCCCGCCAUGCAUUAUGAAUAUGCAGAUACGUCGGGUUAGAUGCCUAUGAUCUCCCAACAAGAUC